CCAAAAGCAGAAACCCCUUUAUUAGAAAGACGCUUUUACUCUAAACCCCGCCUAUUGGAAAAUCCACACGCUGUCUGGAGAGUGCAAACAGGAAAAUCUGCGGCGAAACUCAAUAUGGCAGUGGCGCUUCCAGUACUGUCGCUCUCCUCCACCGUAAGAGCUUCCUCCGUCGACACCGAACACCGCCUUCCUUACAAUCCCCACCGGACGUAUCCCAAGAAGCCGGACGCGUCGGUGUCCGCUUUAACAACCACACUGGAUAAAAAUACCGCAAAAAUGUCUAUCUCAGACCUACUUAAGCGCAGCAUAUCCAAAGAUAGACAUGUGGAAUUUGCUGACUCAUAUUUGGGCUAUGAGACAUGGCUGCCCAGUCCACCAAAGGUGGAGAAACCUCGGUCCGUUCUGAAUCCUGCAUCACUGGCUUAUAUUGGCGACUGCAUUUACGAGCUAUAUGCUCGCAGGCACUUUUUGUUUCCUCCAUUAAAUAUUGAAGAAUACAACGACCGAGUGAUGGCUGUGGUGCGUUGUGAGGCCCAGGAUGCAAUGCUGCAAAAACUUAUGAAUGACAACAUCUUAUCACAAGAGGAGAGGGAUGUCCUUCGAUGGGGGAAAAAUAUUGGUUCCUCAACCAAAACAAAAACAAAGAAGCGAGCAGGUUCACCAGUUUAUAAUAGAGCAUCUUCACUGGAGACACUUGUUGGUUAUUUGUACCUCACAAAUGCUCAGCGGCUGGAUGAGAUCAUGGAAAAAAUAGGCUUUUCAACAGAUACUUCCACCCCCUUGGGAGAAGAAACAUAAUGGCGGUUUAUUAGCAAAGACAUCCCUAACAAAUUCAUGGACUUGUCCGUGGAAGGUUCUUCUCUGAGGUUCUCGAAAUGACUCUUACCAAAUUCUCCUCGCAGGCUGGCAGUUGGGAUGGGAUAUCUUAAAUAUAGCAAGUUCGGUAACUGGAUCCAACUCCCUACAUACAUAGCCGGCAUAAGUUUACGCUACAUCUAAAGCCAAUUAGAGAGAGGAAGCGUCUUAAGAUGGAGUCACCUGAACCAGCUGGAGUUCUUGAUUGAAUUAUGUCGUGUUAUGAUUUGCCUUGUAAUUAGUCUUGAGAUAUAUACAUGACCAAUUCAAAACAUCGAAUCCCGUUUGCCAAUUAUUAAACUUCAAGAGGGAUUCAUUUGAAAUAGGAAAUCUUCGCUUGUCAAAACAAUAUUCCCCUGUUCGUGCUCUAUAAUUCAUUUGAAUUUCCUCUCUAAAUCACAAUUACUAGAUAGCGACUGUUACCUUUUCCAUUUCAGAGCCGUCUUAUUCUACAACAGGUGAUGGAGAUGGGUACUGAAUCCUUUAGCAGCAGCCAUGCAGAGCAUAACAACAGAAUCCAUAUCUUGUAAGUUACAUCCGCAACAGCUUGUGUGGUACUCAGAAUACCACGACGUUCUCGCAUUGUGGUUUCUGCAACUGAAAGCCAUCAACAAAACUGGUUCGCGA